AUGCUCCGCCUCAGACCCCUUGCGAACUCGAGACUCGGUGUCAGAUCGUUCACCUCAGCGAGAAGUGCCUUGAACGAGGCCAAGAAGUCCUCAAAUGCCAACCCUCAACAGCAGGUGUUCGACCCAAGGUUCAUUGGCCUCACAAGAGACAUCUACAUUCCAGUGUCGUAUAAGAACCUGCCGAACCCAUUGACCAGCCCAAGAGCGGUGUGGAGGUCGCUGAUUAGAAGGCUCUACACUCUCGGGAUGAACACCGUCCAGGUGGCGUUGAUGCGCUACCAAACCGGCAUGAAACCACAGUUUCUCCUGUGGAAGAACCGUGCGAUUGAGAGAUACGUUGCAAUCAACAAGGCAUUUGCUGCCGGCGACAUCAAGCCUGUUGAGAAGGAGGUGUCUGUUUGGGUCGAGAAGGCCUUAAAGGCCAGAGUUGGGUCCAUUCCAAAGGGCGUUAAGCUUGAUUGGAAGCUGGUCAAGUUCAACGAAAAGCCAAAAUUGGUUGCGUUUAGACCAAUCAUGCUGCCUGGAAGACCAGUGGAGUACGCCCAGGCCGUGUAUAAGUUCAACACACAGCAGGAGCUGAUUAACGUGAAUCUGAAGACCGACAAGGUAAAGAAGAUUGACAGAAACGUUACGGAUUACGUUGGGUUCGUUAUCGAUUUGGAUACCGAUAAAGUCAUCUUGGCUGGCUCUGUCUUUGAGAAUUCCCCAGAGGAUAGAAUCCCUAAACCUGAAGACAUUGAUCAAAGCAUGAUCUUCAAAGAUAUGAAACUUAACGGUGAUAUCUAUAGAGCACCAGCACAACCAGCGUUGAAGGAGCCAUCAUCUUCAAACUGA